AUGGACUUCGACAACGAGUCCCUGCUGCGGUGCUUUGUGUCCGAGGAGGAGGAAAAAGAUAUCAUUGCCUGGAACAAGGAGAACGGUCAUGACCGCUCCGACAUAUUCGAGUUCCGCCUGGAGGCGGCGGACAAGCUGCGGGAGGAGGGCAACGAGCUCUUCAAGGCCGGAGACUUCGACACAGCGCGGCAGCGGUACUAUGGCGCCAUUUGGCACCUGGACUUCGACAUCGGGCAGCAGUGGAACUUGAUGGAGAAACAUCAGAUGGACCUCAACACCAGGAAGCUGAAAGCCGUGAGCAACAUCUGCGGGGCCUAUCUCAAGGCCAAGGACUGGGUCAACACCAAGAAGGCCGCGGACAUCGGGCUGCGGCACCUGGAGAAGGCGGAGCUCACCGACAACGAGGCCAAGGGCAAGUUCCUCUACCGGAAAGGCUUCGCGAAUCUCCAGCGAGGCUUUGCAGAGGACGCCUAUGCCUCGUUCAAGCAGGCCGAUGCGUUGAUCCCAGGGGACAAGCAGGUGAGGCUGGCGCUUAAGGAGGCGGCAGAGCUUCAGAAAGCCGACCGGGAAAAGGCCAAGGAGGUUUGGCGCAGCAAGCUGCUGACCGAAGAGGAGAAAGCUUGCCAGGGCUCCUGGACGCAGCCCGCGGUGGCUUCAGCGCGGCUGAGGUUUACCUUGCGGAAGUGUUGCCGGCGCAAAGUGCAGUUUUUGGACAAGUUCUUCGCGGGUGAUGUUGAAAGGCAGGCCGCGGACCUGGAUCCCUGGAUGCUCUUCCGCGAGGACGAGGGUCUCACGCUCAUCCUGGGCCAGGAGGCUGCCAAGCGCAAUGACCUGGUGCAUGAAGGGCCCUUUCGGCGCAUCACACUGAUGGUGCACUCGAGCCUGGAGGCUGUCGGCCUCACUGCCGCGGUGGCAGCAGCGCUCCGCGACCAAGGGAUUUGCGCCAACGUCGUGGCGGCCUUCCACCACGAUCAUGUGUAUGUGCCCGCUCAAGAGGCUGAGCGAGCCGUGGGCGUGCUGCAACACUUGGCGAAAGUGGGCUGCCCCGAGAGCGGGGUUUUCGCGGGGUUCCCUCAGCUCGAGCACCCUGGCGAAGAAAGACAUGAGCGUCGAGCCUUCGGGAUGCGGGAUGGGAUUUGGGCACACUCGGAACAGGGCAUGGCCUCGGAUGACGAGCUCUGGGAUGCCCUCGAGGAGCAACAGGUCGAGGCGCCGCCGGAGCCCAAAGAACCGCCACCGGAGCUGGAGGCGGCGCCGCCACCAGAGCCUCCCCCGGAGCCAGCUCCCCCACCAGAACCAGCGCCGCCACCGGCGCCUGACAAGGCGCCUCCGCCUCCCAAGAGCGAGUGCGAAGGCUGCAAGAUGCCUUUGGUCAACUCCUCCUCCUCCUCGAGCUCCUCCUCACUUUGUGUGCCCUGCAGGUUCAAAAGUAGCAAUCCUUGGCUUCCGCCCAAGAAGCUUAUUUGCUGGAGCACGCUUAAGGCUGGUGCUCCUAACAUCAUUAGCCUGCCGGUGAUGCCCUACGUGGAGUACAGGACUGGCAGAUUGAUGCCCGACCAUGUGCUGGAGGUGCGGUGCCUGCGAGUGGACGCGCCGGAGUGGCGCUACGAGCUGGUGCACAGCUGGCCCAACGGCAUCUCCAUUUUUGUGGGUGACCGGAGGGUCCUGGUGAAGAAGCCCGACAAGGAGAACUUCGAGGCACCUGGGCCCUUUGACCUCACCGGCUGGGUGGUGCGCAAGCCUUUGGAGGUGACGCAGCCCAUGCAGGUCAAAGUGGCCAUCUCGGCCACGAAGAAUGAGAUUUGGGCGAUCGGCUUUGCCAUCACCUCUCCCAUUCUCAGAGACGAGGACGUUGCGGAGAAGGUCAUCAAGCAGCAGCCGCCCUUGAAGGAUCGGAUGGCGCUGGACCUGGAGCGCGUGCGCCUGUGGGUCAUGGAGCACCGCCCAGACCGGGUGUCAAAGAAGGACACCCUGCGGUGUGUGGAGCCGCCAGUGCUGAAGCUGACCUGCUGCACAAGCCUCCUCCGCAUCGAGCGUGCGGCGCGGGCCAUGAUGUGCGACCAUUUGCAGUGCUUCGACUUGCACUCCUACAUCCACACCAUGCGCAACAUCCCGCCGAAGCACGCCUGGUGUUGUCCGAUUUGCGACAAGCCCGCACCUUUGCACCAGCUUAGACUGGACGCCUUUGCACAGUCGGUGAUAGACAGCACGGCCUCCAACGUCACAGAGGUGCUGGUGGCAGACAACGGCAAGUUCGAGGUCUCUGCCACGGAGGAUACGGGAAUGGACUCCUCCGACGAGGAGGCGCUGAAGGCGGAGCAGGCGGCCAUGGCUGCGGCCACCGCCGCCCCCGCGCCGAGGGCCGCCGCGGCGCCGCACCUCUCGCAGGCGGAGCUGCAGGCAGCCGCGCUGAACCUGGGUCGGGGCUUCACCGCUCCCAAGGCGUCGCCGGAGCCGAAGCCGGAGCCGCCCAAAGAGAAGGAGAAGGAGAAGGAGAAGCGGAGGACCAGAAGUCCCAAGAGGGGCGGCCAGGAAUCGCCGCCGCAAGAAGAGCCUGUAGACAAGAUGAAGGCUUGGAAGGUUCUCCAGGGCCUCGAGAAGCCUGUGGAGAAGCCCAAGCCGCUGCCCACGCCGCCGCCGGAAGCAAAGAAAGAGCCAGAGGACGACGCGCUUUGGCUGGCUGCCGGAUGGCGCGGCCUGCUCCAUGUGCUCAAAGAGCGUCGUGGAGAAGGGAGGCGUGUACUGCGGCCGCAAACGCGGCCCCAAAGACUUCGGCGGCUGCUUUGA